GCAAUUAUUGUACAUGAAAAAGAAAGAUGUUCCACACGUAGUAUUGGAUUGAGAUCGAUCCCGUUCGAUUUGGACGCUGGUCCAUCAAGUUCAAGGAAUCAUGGACAUGAGCGUAGAGGAAACCGAGCUUGACGUCGGCUCGGCGAGCGACGAGUUGGAGUCGUCGGCCGCGGAGCCGAAGCUCGCGCGACGUCCGACACCGCGACCUUUCACGAUCGAGAGUUUGAUCGGUAGCGCGCGUGAAGAUCACGAUACUGGCGGUGGCGGUGGCAUAAUGCGAGACGAUCGGACAAACGGCAGCGAAGAGGAAGAGCACCGAGAUCGGGAAUACCAGCUUUAUCAGAGGCACUACCUGGCGACCGCGGCGGCAAGCACGCUACCCUCAGGUUUCGGCGUGCCACUCGGAUUAUACAGUGCUUGGCUACCAAUGCGGAUGUACGGUGGCAGCGGUGCAUCCGGCGUCCCAAUGUUGCCGCCACAGCAUCCGUCCACCGGCUACCCAGCUCACCCGGAACUGCAUCAGAAUCGACUGUCGCAGCCCUCCGUACCGCCAUCCAGUCAUCCACAGGGAUAUUAUGCACUGGAUGGUUGCCGUCGUGUCACGAAUCAGCGUGCACCGAGUAGCUUCACCGACAGCGAAGACGAGGACGGCAGCGUUGGUUCACCGGCAUCACCGGCUCACGAUCUUUCUAAAUCUCGACACGGAUCUGAGAACGGUCGUGCAUCAGCCGAAAGCGACGAAGAGGGUGGCGGAGCUGCGGGUUCCGGCGAGAGUCAUGACAUUUCCGACGGCGUCGUCAGCGGUGCCGGCAAUGCCGCCCCAAGUCCUAGCAGACCUUUAGAGAAUGGACAGAAUUCAUCAUCAUCAGGUGCCGGUGGCAACAAAGCUCGUCGGCGACGUACCGCGUUCACUUCGGAACAGCUGCUCGAGCUGGAGCGCGAAUUCCACGCCAAGAAGUACCUGAGUCUAACAGAACGCUCGCACAUAGCGCACGCAUUGAAACUGUCGGAGGUGCAGGUGAAAAUCUGGUUCCAAAAUCGACGUGCCAAAUGGAAACGGGUGAAGGCCGGACUGAGCGGCGGAGGCGUCGGCGUCGGUUCGGCGGCGGCAGCCAUGACGGCCUCCAGUGCUUCUGGACGCCACAAUGGUGCCACGGGACAACACACUUCCGGUACAAGAAUUGUGGUACCGAUACCAGUGCACGUGAGCCGUUUAGCGGUCAGAUCGCAUCACCAUCAUCUGGAGAAGUGCGCGAGAGCACCGCGUGCGAGACCGACGCCUUCGGGCGAGGGUGGGUCCUCGGGAGCGUCGUCGUCAGUGUUGAGCGAUGCCUUGGGACUAGUGAAUACAUCAGUGAAUUUGAGCGGUCAGGUACAGCCACCUCUGGGCGCCGGCAUGGGGAUGGAAAUCGGAGUCGGGGGUGGUCUAAGGGCCUUUGCGGUACCAGCGCAUCGAGCCGGUCUCGGAUCCUCCGGAAGGUAGUGAACGUCGCGAACGGAUAAACUUGGAUAUUUGACAGAAGAAUAUAAAAGAAAUAAAUAGAGGUAGAUCGAUCACUGGUGUAAAACGCACGCGUGAUAAGAUGAAGUCGAGUUCUCAUUA